AUGGUUUUCAAAGGUUAUUUUCGGGUGAAUCAGCAACUCUGCAUUCAUCACAACUCGGCCGAUUCCGUAGAGAACCGGCGUCACAACUCGGCCGAUUCCGUAGAGAACCGGCGUCACAACUCGACCGAUUCCGUAGAGAACCGGCGUCACAACUCGGCCGAUUCCGAAGAGAACCGGCGUCACAACUCGGCCGAUUCCGUAGAGAACCGGCGUCACAUGAAGAUUGCCGAUUCCGUAGAGAACCGGCGUCACAACUCGGCCGAUUCCGUAAAGAACCGGCGCCACAACUCGGCCGAUUCCGUAGAGAACCGGCGUCACAACUCGGCCGAUUCCGUAGAGAACCGGCGUCACAACUCGGCCGAUUCCGUAGAGAACCGGCGUCACAACUCAGCCGAUUCCGUAGAGAACCGGCGUCACAACUCGGCCGAUACCGUAGAGAACCGGCGUCAUAACUCGGCCGAUUCCGUAGAGAACCGGCGUCACAACUCGGCCGAUUCCGUAGAGAACCGGCGUCACAACUCGGCCGAUUCCGUAAAGAACCGGCGUCACAACUCGGCCGAUUCCGUAGAGAACCGGUGUCAGAACUCGGCCGAUUCCGUAGAGAACCGGCGUCACAACUCGGCCGAUUCCGUAGAGAACCGGUGUCAGAACUCGGCCGAUUCCGUAGAGAACCGGCGUCACAACUCGGCCGAUUCCGUAGAGAACCGGUGUCACAUGAAGAUUGCCGAUUGUGAAACUUUACUUAUUUAG